AAAUAUUUAUCAUCCCUACGAAGAUAGCUAAAUUUUUAUGUUGCUUUUUCCAUAAAAUUUGUUUGAAUUUUAACCAAUAAAACGUGUAGUUUUCUACCAGCACAAGCGACAAUCGGUGAGAAAAUGUUCGGCGGCAAUGCGGUGAUUAACGUUUAAGCGCAAAGGUGCGGUAAAUACGCGUGGGCGAAGAAAAUUGUGGGGUGAAAAAAAGUGCGCGUGUGGAGUGAAGAAUACAACGCUGAAAAGUAGCCGCUGCGCUGCGCCUGCUUCCUGCUGCCUGGUCUGGACAUACCAGACCCCCUCGUGAACGAAACGUUGUAAACAAUUGUAUUAUCGUGAUUUUCCACCACCAUCCACCCCCAUAUAUCGUGUUACAGUGUAAUGUGCUGAGUGCCAGAGCAAGUAAUAUGGCCCAAUUGAGCGCAAACGAACCCUUUGACGAUGAGCUCUUUGAGACGCGCCUAGAGGCGCUGAAGGACACACAGGAGGGCAUACAGCAGAUGUCGAAUUGGUGCCUGCAGCACCGCCUCAACCAUAAGAAGAUCAUCCAGUCCUGGCUCAACGUUUUCAAAAGAGUGCGUGUGGAUCAUCGAUUGGUGCUCUUCUAUCUGGCCAACGAUGUCAUACAGUAUAGCAAGCGGAAGCGAUACGAAUUCGUGGAAUGCUGGGCCACAGCCCUCCAAAGAGCCACCACAAUGGUGCGAGAUGAACGUGUCAAGGAUAAGAUAUUGCGCAUCUUUAAGAUCUGGGAACAGCGUGAAAUCUACAAUGAGGAAUAUCUGAGUGAUCUCAGCGGUCUGCUCAACAUUACACCGCCAAAGAAAUCGCAAAUUGAUGCCAGCGACGAGUUCCAGAAUGCCACACUCAUUGCCCAGGUGCGCGAGUGCGUGGAACUGGCGGAGGCCACCGACAAGAGCAUGAAGAAGCUGCCGAAGCCACCGCAUCUAGAGAUCGAGACCAUCAAGCAGCAGCUCAAGGACAAGAGCCACUCGGGGGACAUUGAAAAGGAAGUGGAACGCUGUGUGGCCUUCAUAAAUGCCUACAACAAGAAUUUGCAAAACGAAAUCAAGAGCCGCAAGGCAGUGCUUGCCAGCGUGGAGGCGGCUAAAAAGUUUUACGAGCAUCAAGGCAGAGAGGUCAAAGUGGUGGCCAGUGCCUAUAAAAGUUUCGGCACACGCAUAAAGAUUGUGAAAAGGAAGCUGGAUGAGACCAUACCCACGCUGCAAAGUCCCAUACCAUCGCCGGACAUAAAUGCGCCAUCGCCCGAGCGUGAUGCAGAUCUCCAGCUGCCCGACGAGACAAGUCCGCCAUUGGGAAUGAACAUGUUCAGCGGCGGAUUGAAUGGUUUCUCCAGCUAUUUGGACAGCGGCAAGCUCCCUUUCGACAUCAAUGACUUCAAGCGGGACUCGAAGGAUCUGGGAAGCGCCAUCGAGGUAAUUGGCUCGCGUUCGGAUGAUGAGGCCUAUGCGCCGAGCGCCAAUUUCUACAAACCAGAGCCCCUCUCCAGCUACAGCAACAACAACAGCAGCGGCAGUGGUGGCGGUGGCAACAACAGCUCCAUACCUGGCCUGGGUGGAGGAGUAGGUGGGGGCGGCGGCGGGUCUGGUGGUGGCGGGGAAUACAAUCCCAAUCAUUCGCAGUUUGACAGUCCAUUGGCACCGUCUGCGAUUUUUGGUUCCAACAACCAGGAACAGUAUGUGCCUCCGCUGCCCUCGCAUCAUGGCUAUGGGGGAAAUAGUGGCGGCGGUCAGGAUGCACAAUAUACACCCGCUCCAAUGCCUCCACCCCCAUUGCCGCCAUCCAUUGGCUCGACUGGCGGCGGCGGCGGCGGAAAUGGAGGAGAUGACUUCAACAGCACCUGGAACAUGAGCAUGUCGUGGACGCCGCUGGACACCAGUUUAAAUAGCAGCGGUGCCAGUUCCUCCGCCUAUAAUCCGCAGUCCACGCCGCAAUCACCGCCCCAUUUCGAGCGCAAGGCCAGUGUCGCCCCGCCAGAGUACAGCGAGCAUUUGCACAAUAAUUCCGCAGAACUGGGCUCCGAGGAUGUGGAUCAUCGCACGCUCCAGCUGCCGCCGGCCUUUACUUUCGGGGCAAAGCUGGGUCUCAGCCAGGACAAGACACGCCAGCUGGUAGAUAUAGAUCAUAGGAAUCUUAUAUCCCUCACUGGUUCCCCUGGCGGUGCAGAUAAGGAUUUCGGUGGUUUUGGUGGGGAUGUGGACUAUCGCAUUGUGCCAGGCUCUGCUGAUGAGGGCUUCAUGGCUCCGCCUGGCAAUAGCUAUGCCAAGACCAAGACCAGCUCUCCGCACAAAUCCAAUGCGAGCUCUUCAUCGGAAUCCGAUCGUUUAGAUGGCGGUACACGCUAUGAUCCUGCAGAUAUGGUCAUAGAUAUGGACAUGUCGGACGAUGAUAUCGAUGAGUCGCUGCGAGAACCCAAGGAGGAACUGGAGGAGGCUGAUGCGGAUGCCAAUGGUGGUUUGACGCCAUCGCGUCCUGUACUUUUGGAAACCCCCACAGAUUUCAUGAAUCCCUGGGAGUCGAACAACAGUUUUCUGGGCCAGCCAAUGCAGGAUAUGUCCGGGGAGCAGGACCAGCAGCAGCAGCAUUCACCGCUUGGCCAGCAGCAGCAGCAACCAUGGAAUCAAAUGCAUAUAGGAGCGGGAGCACCGCCGCCGCCGCAACCGCCGUAUGGAGCUCCCUUUCCGUAUCAGCGUUUCGGGCCAUCCAUGAACAGUCCGGACAACAUGCAGCAGCGUGGCCGUGGACGAGGUCGCGGCUGGUCGAACCAGGGACCGUAUCCAAGAGCACCCUAUCAGCGGCCGCCUGGACCUUACGAUGGUGGACCCGGACCUGGGCCACGACCGUUCUAUGCACGCGGUGGCGGUGGUGGGCCUGGAGGCGGCGGCAGCAUCGGUGGUCAGAUGCGUGGACGUGGGCGCAUGCGUGGUAAAGCUUGGAUGUAAUUACGUUACGUAUUAUAUAACUACACAACACACAGACAACAGACAAAAGAAAGCACGUGCGACCGCUGUGCCGCCUUCUGCUUCGCCUUCGUCUUUGCCCAGAAUAGGUUUUAGUUCGUAGUCCUCUCUCACUUAUCUCAGCUCGAUUUAGUUUAACACCGACGUAAAUCCCUAAGCCCGGGAGGGCGGCCAAUAUAAACCCAAUAUAUAUCGUGUGUCUAUAUACAUAUAUAUAUUAAGACGAUUGAUCGUUUGCUAAUUGAUAAGACGGUUAUACAGAUUUUAAAUUAUUGCAAUUCAACCAUAUAAAAGUGUUUAAGAAACUGUGAAACAACAUUUUACUCUUAAGAUUUAAGAUUUCUUCCACGUCUCUUUGGACCUAUCGACCUAUUGAAAGCAAUUUUAAUCUGCAAUACUUGAUAGAUUUCUCGUUAAAGUUUAAAUAAAAAUGAUAUGGGAGGAGCUCCAUUGAGUGAUUUAAUUAUGUGCAAAAUAAGCUGAUCUGGAUCUGAGUCACCACCCCAUCAUUCUCAUCAGUGGACCUCUUUUCCGGGAGACUUUCAGACAUAACGAAACCCAUAUGCAAAGACUUUUAAGACCACACACAUCUUUUACAAUUAACCUUUAAGUUUAGAGCGUUGCCUUAGCUUCUAUAUAUGUAUUUAUAUCGUUUGCUAUCAAUUUAGUUAAAUGCGCCAUUGCUUCUUAGUUCUUAAGUCCCCCCUAAGUACACUGUAAAUAGUUGUAUAAUUAGUCAAAAAACAAUACUGAAUUCUUAACUUUGGGUCAAAGCCACAGUUGUGUAUGCUAUGCUCUUCACUAAAUGUUUAUCGUAAUAAUAUUCAUAAUGGUAUAUGCAUAUAUAUUUCACAUUAAUGUUUGAUCAUGAAAAUCAACACACAAAAACAAAAGUAAAAAAAAAUUGAUAUCGUUAAAAGAAAUUGCAAUAAAGUUUGAUUUCUUUACCUAAAUAUUCACUGGAAACGGUGCAAGGACCCAUAAACGCACUACAGUUUGCAGUACCCGACUUUACUUACUUCAGAACCCUUUUGACUGACUUUGGAUCAAUGUUCAAGCGUUACUUUUAGUCAAUUUCAUAUUUAAAGUUUUUUUUUAUUAUUUUUUGUCGAUGUGAUCGAAAAAUAUCCAAACUAAAGGUUUAAAUAUAUUUUUCUAAGGCUCCCUUUUUGGUUUUUAAUUGAUACAUUUUUGACCUUUAAGAACUACGACUGAAGAUUUGACAGAUUACAACUUUUCAGAUAGGUUUUUGAUGUUUAAUCGAGUUGCGACAGAAUCCUUUAAUAAAUAUCGAAAAACGACUGAUGUCUAAUUCAUGAUGACGUUAGACUUU